AUGGGUAGAAAGAAGAGGAAGUUAAAUAUCGAUUUAAAACCCUUUUGUUACUACUGUGAUAGAGAAUUUGAUGAUGAGAAAAUUCUUAUACAACACCAGAAAGCGAAACAUUUUAAAUGUUUACAUUGUAAUAGAAAAUUAGAUAUGGCAAAUGGUUUAGUUGUUCAUAUGAUGCAGGUACAUAAAACUAAUUUAAAGAGUGUUCCGAAUGCCUUACCUAAAAGAAAUGACCCAGAACUUGUAAUAAGAGGUAUGAAUGGUGUACCUACAGAUAUUAUUGAAGAAAAUUUAAUUAAAUUAAAACAAAAAUUAGGUGAUAAAAAUAUUAAAAGACAACAGAGAGUUAAUUGGGCACAAGUUACUAUGGCACCUACUAUGGAACAAUUUUUAAAACAAGCACAAAUGGGGAAUUUUUCUUUUCCUGGUUUUAAUUCACCUGUUUUACCUACAAAUAAUAAUAUAUUAACAAAUACAUUAGAUAUAAAUAAUAAGAGUACAUUACCGAAUAUACCUUUAUAUAUACCUAAUACUACUAGUAAUAUUAAUAAUAUUAAUAAUUUACUUCAACAACCAAUAGGUAAUAAUAUCAUAUAUCCACCAAAAAAUUCAACCCUUCUUAAUAUGCCCAUACCUCCUAUAAAUAAAAAUAAUAUAAAUAAUCACGUUGUUACAAACCCCAAUACAUUCACCCCUUCUAAUAUUCCACCAAAUAUAGCACAUAAAUAUAGUGCAAAUAUAAAUUUAUUACCAACAAAUAUAAAUCAACAUAAUCCUAUGUAUAUGCCUCCAGGAUUAUAUCCACCACCUAUCCCUCCUUUAAACCAUCCCUCAAUCCCUCCCACCCAUAUACCUUCCUCAACAUACCCAACAAAAAUGACACCUAUACAACAAAUGAGACCAAGUUCUAAAUGGGACGUACUAGAACCAGCUGAAGGCGAUCCCUCAACACUUAAACAUAAUAAGGAGGAUAAUACAGAGAAUAAAAAUGAAGAACCCCACAAAGAUUCCUUAGAUGAUGAUGUAAAACAGAAUGAACAAAAAGAUAACGAAGAAAAAAAUCAUACACAAAAUUGUGAAUAA